AUGGGCCCCUGUACCGCCUCCCCAUGCUGCUGCCAGGCCCGUAAUCUGCCAUGGGCCCCCCCGUACCGACUCCUCAUGCUGCUGCCAGGCCCGUAAUCUGUCAUGGGCCCCUGUACCGCCUCCUCAUGCUGCUGCCAGGUCCAGAGUGUGUCAUGGGUCCCUGUACGGCCUCCCAUUGCUGCUGUCUCUAUCGCCACACUCUGCCAUGUGCCACUUUCAGGUCUCCUCACACUGCUGGUGGUUUCCAUUUUUGUCAUAGGGUGCUGUAUGGCCUCCCAUUGCUGCUGCCUCCACCGCCCACCGCCACACUGUGGCUCCACACUCUGGUUUUGGCCCCGUGACUGCCCAAAUGAGUGAAGUGUGCGGUGAUUCUAAGAUCGACGGCACUCAUCUGCAUGUCAUACUGACUGACAGUAUUAUUUCUCUUCCCCAGCAGACUCCAAGGGCAUUUAAAUUAAAGGUACAGUGUUCUGCACUAAUAUUA